ACCAGAGGGGAGUGGAGCCGACAGAGGCAGGUAGUAGCAGCAGCCCCGGCUUGGUGGACGCAUCGGUCGCAUUCCUCCACCAUGCCGAACUGGGGCAAGAGGCGACGAGUGGAUGCUGUCAGAUCAUUCAACCUAUUAGACACCGGCAGCUCCAUUUAAGUCCGCAUGUCAAAGUUUGCAUUUUCAUGACGCAGCAGCGGCAGUGUGGAUGGAUUAAAGGUAUGAGCAGGAUGCCUUAAACUCGCGACCCCAUGCCAUUUACUGGUAAAGCCAUAGUAUACUGAGAGUGACUCCAUGGAUAUAUACAUUGGAGCGGAUACAUAAAACAUGGGAGACCUGGAGUGUGGCUUUGAGGAAAUGCAAGGAGUGAGAUUGGGGUACCUGCUCAUCAAAGGCAAGCAAAUGUUUGCUUUGUCUCAGGUAUUCACCGACCUGCUGAAGAACAUCCCUCGGACCACGGUGCACAAGCGCAUGGAUCACCUGAAGGUGAAGAAGCACCACUGUGACCUGGAGGAGCUGCGGAAGCUUAAAGCAAUACACUCUAUAGCUUUCCAUGCCGCUAAAUGCACCCUCAUAUCGCGGGAGGACGUGGAGGCUCUGUAUUUCUCCUGCAAGACGGAGCGGGUGUUGAAGUCCAACAAAAGGAAAGCGAAAGCGGCGUGUUCCCCCGGGGAUGGGGACGCGUCCCCGGGACUCCUCGGUGCUGACGCCGAACUGUGGAAGGAAAAAGUUUGGUUUAGUUUGCACGGGGUCCCGGAGACUCUCGCGCUCCACAACAAAACGGACAGGAGGAGAGAGCUGACGCCUUGCCUUAACGACUCCAAACUACCUCAAUUUUACAACAAAACCAACGGACGGGAGUACCGUUCGGAGACCAAGUCCAGUCACAAACACUUUAAAAACUAUGAAACAGCGAAAAUAGCAGGGAACCGUGUGACUCUGAGCCAAAGGCAAUCGUUUUUCCGCAGCGCGGGGAGCCGGCAGCCGGUCGUGCGUCAGUCCGCCAUAGCUGCUCAGUCCAGGCUCUCGCGCUCAGCCAGCGACCUAGUUCACAAAAGGAAGAGGAGGCGCGAGGGGGGCGGCGGCAGGGACAGCGCGAAGCACUCGUUGAGCAGGAGCAGACACGCGCACCACCACGUACCGCCGGUGCUGCUCGUACAACCCAAAUCGCCCGGAAGUCACGGGACUUCUUUUGGCGCUUUCCACCUCGGUCCGGAUUUCUAUCUUGACCCCAGACCUCACCACCACCACCACCACCACCACCAGCACCACCACCACCAUCACCACCACCAUGAGCCGAGCUUUCCGGAGAGUUGCAGCAGCGACACCGAGUCCAGCACCUUCUCGGACCGGGCGUACCCGGACUCGGACUUCGGCUCCGGCCUCUCCACCACCAGCAACUCCGGGAGCUCCGAGGAGGAAGAGGAGGACGAGGACGGCGGAGAGGAAGAAGACGACACGCAGUCGGAGAGUUCAGAGGUCAGCUCAGACGAGGAGGACAGCUCUUCUCAGUCCGACUCGAGCUCGGUUUCGAGCCGCGUUUCGGUCCAGAGCAUUCGGUUCAGACGGGCCCGAGUCGGUUCUCUCACCAAAGGUCUCAACGCGGGUAAAGCGCCGUUGGUCCUGCAGCCUACGUUUCACUACAACAACCAGCACCAACACGAGAAGCAACACAGGACACCGGGCCAUGUCGCUGCUCCGCAGCCCGGGGACAGCCGACCGGGGAAACGACCGAAAUGUGAGUUCAUACGCGGUGAAACGAGACAGGACUUUGUCCCCUUACAGCCUCCCACAUUCAACUCAGCCGCCAUGGGGGAGAGCUUCUUCACCGAGUCCAAAAGGGGACAUGCGUAUGAGGCCGAUUCAAGCAGGGUUGACCACGUGGGCGAGCUGGCCCCUUAUUCACGGGGACCCACCCGUUAUAAUGCUUUUACCACCGCGUGCAGGACACCGGGACAUCCCACCAAGGGCCACCCGGGACUGAGCGCACAAUGUGACCAGGUCAAAGAGGCCAAGAGCCACAGAUGCGCCGAGAAAAGAGAGUCGAAACCGGGCAGCCUUAGACUGGUCCCUCCGCUGAAAAAAAUAAAGACCGAGCCGGAGGAGCUCUCUGUGACCGCCGGGCCCCACUCGGAUGGCGGCCGGACAGUCAGGACGCCGCCCUUCAACCUCCACAAUGUGAAAGUUAAAGUGGAGGAAAGCUGUGAUGAAUAUGAAUACCAGAGCCAGGCUGCUGCAAUCAAAUGUAAAGGAGAGAGCACUGGGGGCCAAUAUUCCAUCAAACACGGGGACUUUUUUAACAGUGGGGCUAAAGCCACAAAGAAGAGCCCCGAUGUGGCCCCCGGGUCUCCCUGUGGUCUUCAGGAAUACGGGAGCACCCAGGACACCCCGUGUCUCGACGAGGGGGAGCACCGGAACAAACACUGCAGGGUUACGGUGCUCGGGAAUAUGAAACCUCGAGUUUCCAGGACGCAAUCAAAACUAAACCUCCCCAUGGUUAACAAGACAGCCUUUUCAUCCUCUUCUUCCUCUUCUUCCUCUUCUUCUUCUGCUUCUUCCCCUCCUUCUUCUUCGUCGUGUUCCCUCCCCGCGGGCAGAGAAGAGGUAUCCACGAAGGAUUUACCGAGCAGACGCAAACGCAUCACUGCAGCGUCGCCUGCAAAAACGCCUUUCAGCCUGAUAGCGAAUUUCCCCUCCCCGCCGUCGCUGGUUGUCGGCAGCGACGGGGAUCUGUGCCCUGCUUACUCCCUGAACUCGAUGAGGGGCCCCGGGCCUCCCCCACUGUCCCACCCCGUGUGGAGGUGGAAGCCAGGCGGACAGAUUCUCCCUCCCCCACUCGCUCAGAGAACUAGGAAAUACUGAGCUGUUUUUUUAAAGAAGAAGAAAAAAGAGAAACACACAACAAAAGCUCCCAUGCACCACCUCCCAGAAUAUAGUCUUAACGAGAGCUCACUUUUAUCUGUGUAUAUUAUUGUGUUUUUUUCUUUUCUUUCUGUGAUUGAGUUUACAUUCGGCUUUGUUUUUAAGUUUGAUCGAGGAAAACACACGAUCCCGUUUGGAGGCUCAGAAAACGCCCACUGGACUGCGAGACACCGCUCGCGGAUGUAUGCUGAAACAAAACGUGUGUUUUAAAUAAGCUAUCCUAAGCAAUACGUUAGGUUCUCGUUAUUGCGGUUACUUGACUAUUUUCUGAUUCCUUCUUCUUUGCUUUUCUAUGCUCUACCUGUUGGAUUGUAUGGGGCCAGGUUCUCAGUGGGUUGUGCUUUGUCUACAAGAGGAAUUUUUUUUAACGCAGUGCUGAGGCUACUCUUAAUGUAGAGGGGGGCUGGGAGAAAGUUUGACUUUGCAAAUCAAAAACAAAUCAAAAAUCAGGGUUUCCCAUUCUGUGCCACCUGGUAUAUUUCAUAUAUCAAAGCUGUGUUUUCUUUCAUGACUGCCAUGCUGACCAGCUUGACCACAUUGGCCCAUGUGUCCAAGUGUUCAAUUUCAGAGUAUGAUUAAACAAUUUGGUUUAA